AUGAGUACCUUAAAAGUUCUAUUAAUUAUCGCCUGCUUUGGGUACGCAUUUGCAAAAAAUAUACAGCAUCACAAAAUUUCUAUGGUAUCCACGAGUGACAGCAACAAGGCUGCUAUCUUCACGCACGCAGAGAGUCCAGUGUGGGACGACCACUCGCAGUCGCUUUACUUCGUCGACGCGCUCCAGCAGAAUGUCCACAGACUAGAUUAUUUCACUGGAAAGAUAUACACUAAGCAUAUUGGCUACGGUCAAGUCAACGUAAUAUCUCUAGUAGAGGGUUCAAAUCGCUUGUUGGUAGCCGUACGCGCCGCUUUACACUUUUUGGAUUGGAACGUAGCCGGAGACGCAGCGCUUCGGUUACUCACCACAUUUGACGAAGGUCUACCUGAUAAUCUGAUCAAUGAAGGGAAAGCGGACUCUAAUGGAAGAUUCUGGGCAGGUACAAAAGGACCUCAGUCUGGUGACGACGUGCUCCCAGAUAAGGCGACAUUUUACAGCAUUAGCCAGCAAACUUUCAAAAACCCCCAGAUACAGCUUCGACCUGUGUCCAUCUCCAAUGGUCUUACGUGGUCUCUCAACAAUAGUGUUAUGUAUUAUAUCGACUCGCCGACGCAGAAGAUAGAGGCUUUUGACUUCGAUCCGAUUAAUGGCGAAAUAAGUGGAAGAAGGACUGUUAUAGAUAUAUCUGAAUAUGGGUACGAAGAUGCAAUUCCUGAUGGAAUGACUAUAGACAGUCGAGGACAUCUAUGGGUCGCUAUCAUGUUUGGCGGUUCGGUACUACACAUAGAUCCUGAUAGUCGAACAAUUGUUUACGCAUACAAGCUGCCGGUCACUCGGGUCACCUCUGUGUGUUGGGGCGGACCCAAUUUGGAUGAAUUAUUUGUUACCACUUCGAAAUCACAUUCAAAAGAACCGUUGAGUGGAGCCAUAUUUACGAUUAGAGAAACAGGGAGCUAUGGCGUUCCUAUGUAUCGUUUUCGAUUUGACAAUGCUAAUGACUACUAAUAAUAUAUACUCGUAUACUAGCUGACCUCGCGAACUGUUAAAUGCGUAAAGUUUAAGUAC